GCGAGUCCGAAGAGUUGGGAUAUGAGGCAAGUGGCUCAUGCUGUGGUUGUCAAGCCGGUCAAGACGCUUCCGGCUGUGUUUUUGGGGUUGCUGUUGAACUUGCUGGAUGCGCUGUCGUACGGCAUUAUUUUGUUCCCGCUUGGAGAGGAGGUCUUUCAGGAUCUUGGAGCGGAUGGUGUGUCGAUGUUUUAUGUCAGCUGUAUUGUGUCGCAGCUGGUGUACUCGACGGGGAGUAUCUUUCGAGGAGGUGUUGGGUCGGAGAUGAUUGAAGUUGUGCCAUUCUUUCACAAGAUGACUUACAUGAUCAUUGGUGUUAUGGGAACUGAGAACCCGGAUGCCCUCCGAGCGACGGUCAUCACAUCCUACGCGAUGAGUUCGAUCGUGACUGGAAUCGUCUUCUUCGCACUUGGAUCCGCACGACUUGGAACAUUGGUCAGCUUUUUCCCUCAUUCCAUCUUGGUCGGCUGCAUUGGCGGAGUUGGCAUCUUUCUCUUCUUGACCGGCCUGGAAGUUUCAGUCCGUCUGGACGGCAAUCUUGAACUCACCAAGGAGGUCUUCUUCAAGCUCAUCGAUCCGAUGAGUCUCGCACAAUGGGUCCCGCCACUCGCCCUGGCCAUCAUCCUCCUGGUCGUCAAGCGAUACUACGACAAGCCCUUCCUCGUCCCAGCCUACUACAUCGCCAUCACCGCCAUCUUCUACAUCGUCACCGCAGCAGUCCCAUCCCUCAACAUGGAGAAAUUGCGCAGUUCCGGAUGGGUUUUUGAAGCGCCCGCCGCCGACAAGUCUUUCUACAAUUUCUACAGCUACUACAAGUUCAGCAUCGUCGACUGGAAAGCGGUCGCCAUGACGAUACCUUCGCAAUUCGCGCUGACGUUCUUCGGCAUCUUGCACGUCCCGAUUAAUAUCCCCAACUUGGCGAUGAAGAUGCAAGAGGAUAAUGUCAGCAUCAAUCGUGAGCUGAUCAUGCAUGGAGUUUCUAAUACGCUCUCCGGAUGUGUGGGCAGUAUUCAGAAUUACCUGGUUUACGUCAACAGUGUUCUGUUCAUGGAUACUGGAGGCGAUAGUAGACUCGCGGGAUAUAUGCUUGCGGCCGCGACGACUGCUUUGUGGAUGGUCGGACCGGUGGUUAUUGGUUAUGUGCCGGUCAUUGUGGUGGGCACCUUGAUCUACUAUCUCGGCAUUGAUCUGGCCAAGGAAGCGAUGAUUGAUACCUACGGCCGACUCCACCGACUGGAGUACUUCACCAUCGUGGUGAUUGCUCUGGUCAUGGGAGUCUACGAUUUCGUCGUAGGUGUGGCGGUCGGCAUCGGCCUCGCAUGCCUCGUCUACGUCGUACAGACAUCCCGCAAGACCGUCAUCCGAGCCCAAUUCUCCGGCGCCAUCGCCGAGUCGACCGUCCGACGCCACCCUCGCCAACGAACCUACCUCAACCGAGUCGGCCCACAAAUCCGCGUCGUCAAACUAGGCGGCUACCUCUUCUUCGGCAGCAUCGUCAACGUCGAAAAGACCGUCCGCGCUCUCAUCGACGCCGAAGCCUUCGCCGCCUCUCCCAUCCGCUACCUCGUCCUCGACUUCUCCCACGUCACCGGCAUCGACUUCUCCGCCGCCGAAGCCUUCGGCCGCAUGAACCGCGUGCUCCGCCGUCGCGACGUCGAAAUGGUCCUCUCGGGCGUCGCGCUCAACGACGAAAUCGGCCGCAGCCUCCAAAUGGACGGCCUCUUCGAAGAAUCCGACGAGACUCCCCCGACUCCACCCCCAAAAGUCUACGAAGACCUCAACGGAGCGCUGGAAGCGUGCGAGAAUGGCUUGCUCAUCACUCUCACGGAAAAACAAGCCACCCACUCCAACACGAGGAAGAAUUCCUCCUCCCAUUCCCCACCAGUCCCUAUCCCCACCGACCACGCUUCCAACCAACCCCUACCCAUCUCCCAACUCGACGCCAUGGUCGGCAGUCCCCGCACUCAACUCCGCCACGUCGCGGCCUCCCAAACCCUGACGGAAAACGCCCCUCGCGACUACUCCGACCGCGCGGUCUAUCAACACCUCAAACAACCCCUCCCCCUCAUCCUCCAAGCCUUCCAAGACCUCACCCCUCACACCGAAGACUUCUGGUUCCGCGCCGUCCCCUACUUCACCCGUCAAGAAUACACCAAAGGCCAACUCCUCUACUCCCGCCACGACGCCCCGAAUGGAUUCAUCCUCCUCCAAUCGGGUAUCCUCCGCGCGGAGUACUCUCUCGAGCAGGGAAAUUACAACGAAGCGAUCGUCGCGGGCACAACGUGUGGGGAAUUGCCUUUUUUUUCGGAGACGGAACGGACGUGUAGGGUGGUGGCAGAGGAGGAGGGGUGUGUGGGGUGGGUUUUGACGAGGAGGAGGUGGGAAGAGUUGCAGAGGGAGGAGCCGGGGGUUGCGGCGGAGUUGUUGAAGGUGGGGUUGAAGUUGAGUGCGGAGAGGAUGGGGGCUAUUACUAGUUAUGUGCUGAUUACGGCG